CUCACUAAUGCACAGUGCUGAUCCAUAGUUCUCCACUAGGAGUGGAAAACCCCUCAAACAGGAUAUCCUGGAGCGUGAUUUGGACGAAUACGAGAACAUAGGGUGGCGAAGAUACCCGCUAGCGAAACGUCAUAGCCUGCGGAUCGACGUGUUUGUACGCCUGACCUGUUGCAUAAGUGUAACCUUCCGCAGGCGUUGAGAUGAGGCUGCAUGUGGAGCUGAAGAACGAGAAUUGUAUGUGUAUAAGUAUAAGUCAUCCGGCUGGAGGGAUGCAUUAACAACAACCUUCAUCCCACUCCAUCUCUAAUACGGUCCCCGUGACGCCAAUUGGUCCCAAUUAUUCGAAAGGCCGGGCAUUAUGAAGAUCGCAUCUCUCAUCCUAUCUCUUAUCGCCGCCACGAGCGCUCAGUACUAUAACGAGACUUCUGCGCCUUUCAAACUCGUCGUCACAUCAAAGGAUGGAUCCAUCAACGAUACGCUGAGCGCAUGCCAUACUGGAGCAGCCCUCGAAUCGCUCUGCCUUAGCCGCAGCAACACAACAUCGAAACCCAACCCUUCCAACCCAGCAUCCUUCCACUUCAACACCUCCGUCUAUGCUCAACCACCUUCUCCUCCGCUAGGACCAUCUGGCAUCCUGACUUGGAUCUUGCCCUCCAUCCCACCCAUCCCAUCUAGCGUCUUCUUCAACUACGACCCCACCACCAACAUCGCGGUUCCAAUUCUCGGCCCAGGUUCUGAAAGCCCGCAGAUACUGACUUUUGAUAAUCUCGGCAAGUUGGCUGUGCAGGGGUACAUUGACUGGAGUGCGAAUCCACCGAAUGGAAAUGGAGGUCCGAAAGCGUAUUAUCGAUGGUAUGCUUGCCAGACUUAUUACGCUGGUUAUCAAUAUGAGACUCUGGCGUGGGGACUGGGACCAGGCAAGCCAGAGAAUCCUACUUGCGUCGAGGUCAAUGUAACGAGAGUGUUUGUUUGAAGCGAAUGACGGUAGAGAUUCUUGGACAGUCGUAAGAGCAAGCUGCAUAGCAUGGAAGAGCGAUGUUUUAAAGUGCGCAUAAGUAAUGUCUCAUGGCUGAUGAUAUUAAUUGAUAAUGAACUUUUGUAGAACAACGCAUCUAAUGAAGUUCCUGUCAUAC